ACUUGGUAAGUGGUGCCACAUAGCGAACCUUGUGAAGUGUGCCUUUAGUGCACACGUUUAAAUGUCAUUGUGAACACUAAACAAUCAGCAAACUUAGCUAUAACUGUAGGGAGAUUCGGGACGUUAUUUCAAGCAGUUACUCUGACGUUUCCCGUCCUUCGGAGGAUGUACACUGAACAGAAGAUCAUGAAGGUUUUCAUAACAAGACGCAUCCCACAGGAGGGAUUGAAGAUUUUGUCACAGGCUGGAGUAUGUAAGGUUUUACUGUGGGACUCGGAUGAGCCUGUUUCAAGGGCGGAGCUUCUGAAGGGCGUGGCGGGGGCCCAUGGGCUGCUGUGUCUCCUGUCGGACAAGAUCGACACUGAAGUUCUGGACGCAGCAGGUCCAAACCUGAAGGUGAUAAGUACCUUGUCUGUUGGAUUUGACCACAUGUCCAUGGAUGAGAUCAAGAAACGAGGGGUGCGUGUGGGCUAUACUCCAGGCGUCUCGACUGAUGCCACGGCGGAGCUGACCGUCGCCCUGCUCCUGGCUACAGCUCGGCGGCUACCAGAGGGCAUGGUGGAGGUUAUAAAUGGAGGCUGGAGCACCUGGAAACCUCUGUGGUUGUGUGGUUAUGGUCUGUCAGGCAGCACUGUUGGGGUUAUUGGACUGGGACGCAUAGGUAUGGCCAUAGCCAGGAGGCUGAAACCGUUUGGAGUGAAGAAGCUCCUGUACUCUGGAAGAACAGACAAAUCAUAUGCUGCUGAAGUGGAAGGAGAAUACGUGCCCUUGGACACGCUGGUGUCUGAGAGUGAUUUUGUUGUGGUGUCCUGCGCCCUCACACCAGACACCCAGGGGCUGUGUAACAAGGAUUUCUUCUGCAAGAUGAAGAACACGGCUGUCUUCAUCAACACCAGCAGGGGUGCAGUAGUGAAUCAGGAGGAUCUGUAUCAGGCUCUGUCCAGUGGUCAGAUAGCUUGCGCUGGGCUGGAUGUCACAACCCCAGAACCACUCCCCACCGACCACCCCCUCCUCACCCUCAAAAACUGUGUGGUCUUACCCCACAUUGGCAGCGCCAUCUACUCCACACGUGGCAUCAUGGCAGAGCUGUCCGCCAACAACCUGCUGGCAGGCCUACAGGGCACAGACAUGCCCAGCGAACUCAAAUUCUAGUGCUGCUCUACGACUAUACAACUCUGCCUCUGUCCCCUCCUUAGAAUAAUUUUGGUCACCCAAUCAGUAGUCAUUACCAGGAAGGUUAGAGCCGCCGUAAGUGACCAGGAAAUUCAUCUGUGAUGGAGUAUUGCAGUUGUAUUAACAUGCUCUCCAAACAUGAAGGUCAACCUUUGCCUCUCACUCUUAGAUCUUACAAUGUUUAAAGAAAUAACACAUUUGUGGUAUUUGACUUGAAUUUUGAAGGAGGAAGUGUAUAGUAUUGACGUUUUGAGAACAUGCCUUGGCACUCUCUGACAGCACUCCUAAGGGUCAGCCAUGGCUUCCUUUGAAAGACGUAGAUAAGCACCACAAUGAGUGCACACACUACUAAUUCAUUACAGUGGCCUUCUCGUUCUUAUGAAACACUUUAAUGUACAAAAUACUUUACUACUAAUUUACUAUUUUAGUUGUGAUGGUAAUGUUCUGUUGUUCUCAUUCCAGUUGAGAUGUGUGUUUAACAUAUUGAGAUGGAUCUCAGUUGUCUAGUUGUGGAUAAGAUACAGUGCCUUGCGAAAGUAUUCGGCCCCCUUGAACUUUGCGACCUUUUGCCACAUUUCAGGCUUCAAACAUAAAGAUAUAAAACUGUAUUUUUUGUGAAGAAUCAACAACAAGUGGGACA